AUGGUGGUCACUGAUGAUCAGAUCACCUUCAAGAAGAACGGAUACCUGAUUGUCCGUGACCUACUAGAACCAGACCAAGUCAAAGACUUGCAAUCAUGGGCCGAGGAAGUCCGAAACUGGAAACCAACUGAAGAUUCUGAAUUCAUGCCGUACGAGGAGGUCAACGACAAGGGCCAAACUGUUCUCUGCCGAACAGAGAACUUUGCCGAUUGUCACAAGGGAUUCAGCAAUCUGCUUCGAAGUCCUAAAUUGCUUGGCCUUCUGAAUGAUCUUGCGGAGGAACCUAUGCUUUUGUUUAAGGAGAAGAUCAAUUACAAACUCGCUGGUAGUGGCGGGUUCGCACCUCACAUUGAUGCUGUUGCCUACACGCACAUCAAAGAUGUCAAACACUUGACGAUUCUACUGAGUGUCGAUCCAUCUAAUAUCCGCAAUGGUGGGCUGGAAGUUGUUGAUGGAAGCCAUGAAAUGGAUGUUCCUAUCAACAAGGCCACCAACUGCAUUGAGUCGAGUUGGGUUGACUCUCACACUUGGACGCCUGUUGAGCUAGAAGCUGGCGAGUUACUCAUCUUCACUUCCUACCUGGCUCACCGCAGUGGUGCCAACAAGAGUAGCUCUGACCGCAAGGCGAUCUAUGCAACCUACAACCGUGCUUGCGAAGGGGACCUGCGACAGGGCUAUUAUGAGCACAGGAAACAGGAGUGGCCAGCUACGCACAUGCGAAAGGCUGGGAAGUCUUAUGAAGCGGGAGCAUUGACGUAUGGCUUCGGAUCUCCUAUGCUUAGUAUCGAUGCCGGGAAGCAGGUUACAUUCUAG